AUGAGUAAUAAAAAAGAAAGUAUUAAAAAAUAUUUAGGUAUUUAUGAGUUCCCGUCGAGCUCCGAUGAAGAAGAAAAUGACUUGCAAGCAGCUGGCAAUGUUUUCAGGAGACUGAAUAAUGAAGCUGAUCACACAGAUUACACAAAUGGAGAACCAAGCAUACCCGAUCCACCAAUUUGGCCAGCUAGAAGACCCCCAACAAGACUGGAAAGAGAUCAGUUCUGGUCCAUGUUAAACAAUCCAAGUAGAAUACCGACUUGUGGAGCGCCUCAGAGGUCUGUUCUCGAUUCGCCACCUGAAGAAGUUCAAGAAAGAUGUAUUCGACCUUUCCCAGCAGUGGACAUGAAGCGAAUCCUCUCAUUUCGGAAACUGAACCGCGGACUAAACGCUUACCGCCACGAUAAUGCGAAGUUUCCGACUACGCCGAUGGACUUGACGGCGAACAUCAGCAGGAUUAAGAGGGCGGAUCCCGCGCGCAUGUCGUUGCCUGUGUACAGUAGGGCGAGCAUAAUUCCAGCGGUGCUAGACAGCGGCAGUUCGACUGAGGAGCCACAGCCUUCCACCAGCCGCACACGUGACCCCACUCCUCCGCCCACCAGCCACUUGCCAGCCAACAACAACGCACCACAGCUCACUGUGGACCUUAACCACUCAGAUACUGAUAACGAUAAUCAGCCGCAAAGACCUCGUUCGUCGUCCGCACCAAGGGAUGUUCCAGACGCCGGAGCUGAAAAUGCUAACAUUGACACCUUAGCAGGCUUCCUUGAAAAUCUGACUGAGGAAAUAGAGCCUGAGGCUGAAACAGCGGCCGAAGAAAUCAGCGCAAACGUCAAUGAAGCACAAACCAAUGAUACAGUUGAGGGCUCCGACACAGCAGCUCCAUCUACUUCCAAAUCACAACUAAAGCCACGUACAGUCAAAAGGAAAAGGGAAUCUCAGGAUAGCAACUGUGAACCUUGCACAGUAAAGGAAUUUAACCAAUGCCUGCUGCGGCUGCUGGAGUGCCCGGUGUGCCUGGAGUGGAUGGAGCCGCCCAUGUCGCAGUGCCGGCGCGGUCACCUGGUGUGCGGCCGCUGCCGCUCGCGCCUGUCCGCCUGCCCCGUGUGCCGCACCGCCUUCUCCUCCGUGCGCAACCGCGCCAUGGAGGGGGUAGCGGAAAUGCUGCGGUAUCCGUGCCGGCACGGCUGCGGGCGCGAGGUGCGGCUGCGGAGACGCGGCGCGCACGAGGCAAGCUGCAGCGCGCGCCGUUACCGCUGCCCCGCGCCGCUCUGCGCCGACCGCCCGCCGCUGCCGCUACACGACCUGCACCACCACCUGCAGAGCAAACACCCGGCCAUGGUGAAGACUGGUAAGAAGCAUAAAUUCUCAAUGAAGAUGAACUCUGAGCAGCACGACACGUGGCUGGUGUUGGCCGCGAGGGAACUAUUUCAUUUGCGCGUUGACGUCGACAUCCGCACAUGGGGUGUGGUCGUCUACGUGGCGUACAUCGGACCCAAAUGCAACGCAAACAACUUUACAUACGAGGUAACUGUUGUUGGCCAACAAAACGAGCGUAAGCUGGUCUAUUCAAGGGUCACUCACAGCGACCUAGAAAGUUCUUCCCUCAACGUGUCACGUCAGGACUGUUUUCACCUUACCCUCGAUCAAGCUCUCAACUUCCUCAGGUUGAGAAACAAGCAUUGUGAGCCAGACAAAUUUCUCGAUUUUUAUGUCGAAAUAAACAGCCGUGAUACAGGUGAAACUCCUAAGGAAGAAUCCGAUACUUAA